CCUCAGAAUAAUCUGGGUUUGCGGGUUUAUCCGAUUGCUUUCUCAUUGCCGAGGAUCUGGUCGGUCCAUCCCGACUGAUCUCUGCUACUGUCUUGAGGUCGCCGGCGCAUCGGACUUUUACAGAUAACGGGGACUAAGCAAGCUACCAGUCUAUUAGGCUACAGUUUGCUGGAAUUUGACUCCUCGACGCCCAGCAGAUUAUCCACAGCCUCGCCCACAGUCUAUCAAGUGAUCAAUGAAAUUAUCAAUGGGACUGAGUACCGGGCUUUGAGCAGAUAACGAAAUACCGGCGCCGGUCUCCGGAACUCCAGCAUUCGGGAAAUCACUGACUUUGACCGAAGAGGCAGAGAUGGGGACAGUGCUUUCCAUAUCGCCAUCAUCGAGGAAGGGGGGCGUUGUUGAUGUUAAGACUGAGGGAGGACACCCUAGUAAUGGAAAGACUGAAAAAAGCAUCAAGCGACAACCUGUAUUGAUACCGGCCCUAACAUGGAAGCGGCUUGUUGCGGCUUCCACGAAGAAAAAGAGCAAUAAGAAAGUAAAUCCGACACCCAGCGACCCAGUGGAACAUUUAAACAGCGAAAACCUUAAAAAGUCACAGCAGUCGUUCCCGGACCGGAAAGAGUCGCAUCGGGAUCUGAAGCUGGGCCCGCUUGCGGUACCGGUGCCGACGGUUCCCAACCACAGCGACCCACCCACUCAAACCCAGAGCGGUAAACAGCUUGACUCGGUUAUAAAACAGCCUAACCAGCAGUCGAUCAUCACUCCAAGACGCGUGAUUGUCCAGGCAUCAACUGGUGAGCUCUUACGGUGUCUUAGUCAGUUCAUAUGUCGGAGAUGCUUCAAACUGAAAGAGCUCAGUCCCAACGAGAUUAUAUUGUGGUUCAGGAACGUGGACCGAUCCCUUCUCAUACAGGGCUGGCAGGACCAGGGGUUCAUCACUCCAGCUAACCUGGUGUUCGUGUACUUGCUAUGUAGAGAAGCGGUAACAGAUGACAUCGAUAACGAGUAUGAACUUCAAGCCACCUUCCUGACCUGCCUCUACCUAGCUUACUCUUACAUGGGCAAUGAAAUAUCUUACCCGCUAAAACCCUUCCUUGUGGAAACCAACAAGGACUCAUUCUGGGAACGAUCCCUGGAGGUUAUUGACAAAAUGAGCUUGAAAAUGUUGCAAAUCAAUUCUGAUCCACAUUUCUUCACCGAAGUAUUUCAGGACCUCAAAAACGAAGGAGAAUCAAUGGGCACAGUCAUUAAUAAUCCGGAGCGUUGAAAUGAACUGAGGGAAAAAACGUAUUUAGAAAUUUAAUCGGGAUGUAUUUCAUUCUGUGACUAAAUGUAAGGGUAGUUUAAGUUUGAAGUUGAGGAAAAGACGCGGUGGAAAAAAACCUGCACAUGAGUCAUUGGAUCAAUACAAAUUUGUAGCGUUCAUUUCCCUAUACGACGUUUUCAUGUUUUAAUCUUGUAAAUACCUCGUGUUACUGUGAAUCACAGUACAUUGGGAAUAUGGUGAGGGACAAUUAAAUACAUGCAUGUCUAAUUAUUAUUGUACUUUAAUUGUAGCUUGCUGGUGGAGAAAAUGAGUGUUAGCAAGCAGGCAAAUGUUUAAGUGUUUUAUUUUGAUAUUGAUUUGUGUGAGAAGCAAGAGGUUUAGAAAAAGCUGUAUUAUGUUGAUGCUGUGGAGCCGUACAGGCUUCUGGCCUUCAACGGACACGUUGCACGUGUAUUAUUUCUAACCUCAUAUCUGAACAUUGAAUGUGAUUUUUUCCUUCAGUGGCAAACAAAUGUUACUAUAUCAUCAUAUGUGCCAAUUGUUAUAGUAUAAAACGUGUCGUUUUAUAUUGUACAUUUACACCAAUAUACAUGUAUAAAAUAUACCAGUACGAAUGCUGUCUCGUCAACCGAGAUAGCAUUUGGAAUUAUCUUUACCAGCUACUUAAUUUUGCAAAGGACAAGAAAGAAAACCUGUCAUUGAAUGUAAAUGAUACAGUAGUUUUAUUAUAAGUAUGCGGUAGUUACCAGUAAGUUAUAACUACUGUUAUGAUGUUUUAGUUGGAUUAUUCUAAAAUACAGGCUGCAUUUGUCGAUCUGUGCCAGUAUAUUUUUACGCAACAGCACAGUGAGAUUUAUUCUAAUAGGUAGUCGAAAAGUACGGUAGACUUCAGAGUAAGGAUAAUAUUUAUUCAAGAACUUAUUUGAUUUCUCUUUUUUAGCGUUGUGUGUUUAUGAGGUGCAGUAAAAUCUUUAAAAUACGUAAUGUAUGAUCAAAGAAAAUGAAGUGUUCACGUUAUCUUGUAACUUACAUAUACAAAUACAUAAACAAACUUGUAUUACUUGAUUAGCAAAAGCUUGAAACAAAUGAAGUUUAUGGACCUAAGCCCUGACCUGUUUUUCUAUACUUGCGCUGAGCAGUAAUAUGCUAAAUACGCUUCUGAAUCCUCUUUUACAAAGUUUCCAACUUCUUAGUUUUACUAUACUUUAUAACGACUUAGAGUAAAAGGCAACUAUUUUCACCUUGUAAAAGUCUUCUACCUGUCAGCCAUUUUUGAUGAUACGCUCAUAACAUUCAGAUCUAAGUAACACAGAUCCAUUUCUUACCGAUGCUUCUCGGUAAAACAAAGCCCACUUUCAUAUGCAGUCGCUGACCCAGGUGCUGAAACAGACCUUUGGUUCGGCUUUGCUGUACUACAAAGAAUGCACCCCAGACCUAUGUUUCAGGAGAAAUGUUUUUCUUAGCAACCACGAACAUUAUGUUUUGAUCCAGUAACUGCAGUUUCAUACCAUACCAUAUGCAACUUCCAUGCAGAAGUUAUAGCCCAACUACAGUUAUGGUUAAAAAGGCUGUUUAUCGAUAUGUGGAACUGGACUGUAUUUUGUGUUGAAACCGUAAAAUAUCUGGUUUCGCUGUGUUUCUUAUCUAUAUUUUUCUGAAUACAUUGAGGUGCUUUUCUUUGUAAAAGUCAUUCGACAUCGUGCAGACUUCUCUUCCACCAGAACGUUCUAAUAACAUGAGAAGUCCUCCCAAAUUUGUGAAUCGGCAGAUGUAUCACGUGGUCUGAGUGUUCUUAUAUUUGAUUGGCUAAAAUUUGGUGCAGUCUGCUAGAACUGUGAUUGUGACGAGGAGCUGCGGAGCCCAGCUGCCAGGUCAGAAGCGUUGCUGCGGGGACGUUCUCUCAGUCUCCAUAGUAACCACUACAUUUUUAAAAGUUGUUCAUCCACAGUAAAUGUGAGCUAGACCCUUAGUGCAAUACUGCAGAUGUUACACUGUAGAACCUGACAGUAACAGACUACUCCAUUGGAGGACAUUAUCCAACAUUUCAUAGAAUGAAUUCACUUUUUUUUUUUUGUUGUCUAGCACCAGUCUGAGGAAGAGCAGUAAGUAAGCAAUUGCUAUCUCUGCAAGAUUUAGUGUAGAGGUAUUUUUUUUAACCCUUAAAAGAUUAAAAUAUGCAUCACACUUGUAUUUAUGCACUUUAAUAUUUUAACAAUGUAUGGACAAAUCUGACUUGGCAUCAAUACCCUAAUGGUGACACUGAUCAGCAAUGCUAAUGUCACAGAAACAUGAUUCUUCACAGAUGUAUUGACUAUGUUACAGAAAACACCGAAACACAGAUUUUUCAAAGUUUGAUGUUGACAGAAAAUUAUGGGGAAAGACUUGUGAAUCCUACAACAAAAUAAAAUAUACCAAACAUUGA